AUGCGCAGUGGAUUCCAAGGAAGGCUAGGCAUGAAAAUCUUAAGGAUUUUUGUGCCUGAAAAUAAGUAUCAGAUCAAUAUCAAUGCUGAGACCAGUGAGUCUUUUAUGUUUCAUUGCUGUGUUAUGAAACGGCUAUCUGUCCGGCAGAAGGAAACUGUAAGGAAGAUGGAGGAGAGAAACGAACCUGUUGUGGGGAAUGUUCUCCAAAGGGUUGGACGAGAGGUCCUGCCUAUUACCUUGCAAAACAACGAUAAGUGGUCAGGUGGAACGUGUUACUUUGAAAAACCAGAACAACCAGUUCCCUUUUCCCAGGGCCAAGUCCUCUCCCCGGUUUUCAGUGUUCAUUGUGCGUCCGGAGCCGGGGAAACGGACCUGCCUAGUACUGCGAACUUUACCGGGAGUUUCGGAAGUGCUGCUAAUAUUAUAGUGGCAUUAAUUAAAGUGGCAACGCUGUCCAGCUGCAUCUUGGCAGCAAUCACAGUCAUGAAUUUUUAUUUUUUUGCUAGCCACUUUAUUCAUCCUGGCAGGAAGAUGAGUGAAAAAGGAGCUGCCCUUUGGUGCAAAGAGGGUGAUGCCAACACGGAGACCAAAUGCAAGAGUGAGGGGGGUACCCUAAAUUCACUUCAAACAUUUUCACUGAACUUCUUACUCAGUAUCAUCAGCAAGAAACAGCAAAGUUUGGGAGGUGAGCUCCAGUUACAAAUAUUAGCAAUGAGCGAGAGAUACGUGGGGGCUGUAAUGAUUUGCCAGUUUGUAGUCUUGAAAGCUAUCCUGGCAGCCGUGAGGAGAAACGUGUCAGUGUACCUGAAACUCAUUCAUCUGGGUCCUUUGAGAACCUGCUUGGUGUUUUAUCAAGGAAUUGAUAAUCUUGUGUUGAAGGAGUCAGGACAUAACCAUGAUUCCAUAUGGAUCCCAGUGGAAUUUAAACCUCUUUCUGGCCCAAAUCUCAGUCUAAUCUGUUUCAUAACUUUUGGAGUAAAUCAGUUCCCUUUGCUGUAUCAAGAUUUUUCAGAGGCGUUGAUCACAGAGCUGUGCGGUGCCAAACGUGUGGGCUAUUUUGGUCCCACCCAAUUUUACAUCGCGCUGAAGUUAAUUGCGGCAGCUCAGUCCGGCCUCCCCGUACGAAUCGAGAGCAUUAGGUGUGAGCUGCCUCUUCCUCGCUUUGUGGGCCUGAAGAAUGACAGUGAAAUGAGAUAUGGAAAUCCCACAGAAUUACCUGGAGCUAAAUUUCAGGUUCCAUACGCAGCCAUGGAAAAGAAUACCUUUAAAAGAACGGAUGAUGGGGAGAAACAGGAACCAAAGUCUCCUGGUAUGUCCCCAAUUGGCUCCCCUCCUGCCUCUCCAUCAGACUACCAGAGGACCCCCUUGGGUUAUGGUUAUGGCAGACUGAGGAGUGGGGUGGAACAGCAGCGUGGAGCUCCUUGUGAAACGAGACAGCCUGGUCUCCCCCAAGACGGACCCCCGGCAGGCAACCAAGGAACCAAGCACGCACGUCGGCAUGCUUCGCUUAUCCGGUCCCUCUCAGUGGACAGAGAACCACAGGAAAGCAGCAGUGAUUACCCAGAUGAUCCGUGGAGGAUAACUGAGGAACAGCGAGAAUACUAUGUCAAUCAGUUCAAAUCCCUUGAGCCUGAUCUGAACGCCUUCAUUUCAGGUUCUGUGGCAAAGAACUUCUUCACAAAAUCGAAGCUCUCUAUCCCAGAACUUUCCUACAUAUGGGAGCUGAGCGAUGCAGACUGUGAUGGAGCACUGACCCUGCCUGAGUUUUGCGCCGCCUUUCACCUCAUCGUGGCCCGGAAGAAUGGCUAUCCACUGCCAGAGACCCUGCCUCCGACCUUACAGCCAGAUUACCUUCAAGCAGCUUUUCAUGGGCUCCAGCGGGAUUGCGCAUUAUAUGAUUCGUAUUCCGAGUCUACUCCAGGAAGCCAGCAGCUUUCUCGGGACAUGAGUCGGAUAAAGACGUCUGUGGAGAAGACGCCUGAUAAAACUACCCAACUGCAAGAUGUGAAAACUGAAGAGAAGCAAGCUGCAUGGAAGGAAGCGAAUUCUCUCAAAGCAAGACCACGGUCCAGGUCUUACUCGAGCACAUCAAUCGAAGAGGCCAUGAAGAGGGGCGAGGAGCCUCCAACCCCACCUCCGCGCCCUCAGAAAUCACACUCCAGGGCCUCCUCCUUGGAUUUGAACAAGGUUUUCCAGCCAGGAACUCCAGUUGCUAAAUCAGGAUGGUUACCUCCGCCACCGGCACUGCCGCCUAGGCCUCAUAUGUCACAGGCUGAACCAGUUUUAAAGAUGGAGCUUCAACCUCAGUUGAGCAGAACCCCAUCCCAGACGGAAGAAAGUAGCCCAAUAAAAAAGGACACGCCGCAUGCUCCGCCCCCAUCGAAGCCCAUCCGGCGGAAAUUCCGGCCCGAGCACCAGGCGGUGGACAAAGCGGAGCAUUCUCCCACCACGGGAAGCACCGGCCCUUCAGCCCCACCGGCGAAGCCACAUCCGACCGCCCUAAAACAGUCAUCCAAACAGAAGAAGGCGAUUCAGACGGCUAUUCGCCAAAACAAAGAAGCCAAUGCUGUGCUGGUCAGGUUGAACAGCGAACUCCAGCAGCAACUAAAGGAGGCGCACCAAGAACGGACGGCCCUGGAAUCGCAGUUGGACCAGCUCCGCCCCGUCACCGUCUUGUGACCCGUGGGGUUCGCUGAGAUCACCUGAGUCCUUGUGUCGUCACACUGUCCACUCCGCGCCAGCACGUUAAUCCUGGCAUCACCGGCUCACCGUGUCGGAGGAAGCGAGCGGCGGAAUGUAAUAUCUCUCCUUUUUUAAAAAUUUUCACCCCGAUCUUGCCGGGGAGGACUCGAGCAGAUUUUUCGACCUGCAGCUUUAGGCGAGACGGGAGUCUCCGGUCAUCAAGCCACUCCCAGCUCUGCUCUGGGCCAGAAAGACCUCCUGCUCACUCGCUCAUCACCCUAAAUCAGUCCUAAAUCCUAAAUCAAUCAAGUUAAUCCCGGCUCAGCCAUUUGUCCUCUGUGUAUGUCCUUGGGCAAGUUACUUCACUUCUCUAUG